AUGCCUCGCUCCCGAGUAAUGUCGUUCAUGACCCAAUGGGGUACUCCGUCGAGGAGUUUUACGCCAGAGUCUAAACCUCAAAUGUCCGAGGACCCUUUCAGCAGCAACCCUGCUAGACCUCCCAAGAUCGAUACCUCGUUCGCCUCCGCUACAAACAAAACUGUCGAUGCAUCGACCUCUCCCUCCCCCAGUACUCAACAACGUUUCCGUUCGGAUUCACGUUCAGAGCGUACCUCUCGCCCUAUGUCCAUGGUCUAUACCUAUCAGCCUCCGAUCAUGGAUCUCGCCCAGGACACAUUGCCAGAGUUGCAGCCAAUUUUCAGCUUCCUCAACAGCCACUCCAACAAGCUGUAUCAGGAAGGCUACUUCUUGAAGUUGCAUGAUCUGGACUCUCGUGAGCAGACUCAGAAGCCAAACCGAGCAUGGUCAGAGUGCUUUGCUCAGCUGGUCGGCACAGUGCUAUCUUUGUGGGACGCUGCGGCGCUUGACGCAGCAGGUGAAGACGGCGAGGUCCUUCCUACGUUUAUCAAUAUUAGCGAUGCUUCGAUAAAGAUGUCGCUUCCCAUGAAUGGUUCCACAGGAGGUCAACUCCAGAAUGUUCUGAGCAUCUCCACCGCAGCAAACAACCGCUACCUUCUUCAUUUCAAUUCCCUCAACUCCCUUACACAGUGGACCGCCGGCUUUCGUCUUGCCAUGUUCGAACACACAACGCUACAGGAAGCCUACACAGGCUCUCUCAUUGCUGGAAAGGGAAAAAUGCUUAACAAUAUCCGCACUAUCAUGGAGAGGAGCAAGUUUGUCAUAGACGACUGGGCACGUGUGCGCUUCGGCGCAGGCACCCCUUGGAGACGCUGUUGGUGCGUGAUUUCACCUCCGAACGAGAAGGAAUGGGCAAAAUACCAAAAGGCAUUGAAGAAGCGCGACACGUACGAUCGUAGGGUUGAGGUCCCCAAGGGCGAUAUCAAAUUCUACGAGACAAAACGCGUCACAAAGAAGACACGGCCGAUCGCUACUAUCAAGGAUGCGUACGCUGCAUACGCCAUCUACCCUCAAUCCAAGCCACUUAUCGACCAGUCGACGCUUAUUAAGCUUGAAGGCCAGAUUACCAUUCAUGGCGAGAGGGACACAACCGCAGAGGGCUUCCUCUUUGUCAUGCCGGAAGUGCAUCCUGCAGUCAGCGGUUUCGAGAUGAUGCUCCGCUGGUUGUUCCCUGUCUGGGACAUCUUUGCUCUGUACGGCCGUCCCAAUCGUCUGAUUGCCGACUCUCUUGACCAGCGUGGUCUGAUGUUUGCCAUGCCUCGCGACAGGAGAUACGGCUACCUUGACAUCUUGGAUGUUUCUGGCUUGAUCCACACGAAGGGCAGUCAAGCAUGGUCUGAACAAGACUGGAGAAGGGAAAUGAAGAAAUUGACCUCGCACCGCAUGAACUCGGCGGAUGAUACACCUCCACAGGCAAGAGGAAGACGCAACACGCUCUCACUCAAUCACGGGACGGUCCGCUUUGGGGAUGGCAGCUCCACAGAUACAUCGCCAUCUCCAGCUAGAGGCUCUCCAGGACCAGGAAACGGGUCCAUCCAAUUUGGUCCUCCGCGCCGGGUUGAAACGACGCCGGUAAGCAUGGGCAGUCCGGGCCGCGGGCACAAUCGUUCGGCCUCAGAUGCGCUCGGAUACAAGCGGUUUCAGACCGAAAACCGCUCUCGACUCUCUUACGAGGCGACCAGCGACCUACACGACAGCGCGCCCGAGCCGCCACGUGUACUAUCAGAGGAGACGCCGUACGAACAAGAGAGGCCCCUUGAGUCGACAUUCGAGGAGCUCAAAAUACGAUCAGGUUCCCCUCCAACGGGUCCUGUGGCGUCGCCCCCGAAGUUGAUGCACGGACCUAACGCUAGGCCCACUAACCUCAACCUGACACCUGUGCCCGAAUUACGCAGGGCCAACUCUGCCAUGGAUGCAGCGACGCUGCAACAGCUUGUAGAGGCCAACAGAGCCGGUGCUACACCAUAUCACGAAAAGGAGCAAUUCGACUUUACCAGUGCUCCAAACGAGGUAGCUAGUGUUACCAACCGGACUCAAAGAUCGCCUGCUGACCCCUCGUUUCGCAAUGAAGAGGUAAAUCUUGCUCCAGGACCCUCAUAUCAACCACCGAGUACCCACCGCCUGCCCCCCAUCCCUGCAUCACCCUACAACCAUCCUGCACAACCUCUUGCAGCUGCCGCCAGAUCUGAUCAAGACGCUCCUCCUCCUGUGCCGCCACACAGCAAUCUUUCAUCAGCUGCUGCUUCUGCCCGAAGUCUUGCGAGUCCUCGACCAUCAGCCAUGGCUGCUCCCAUCAACAGAAAGCCUGUCCCAAAUUUAUCAGGACCUCAACAUGCGAGUCCUCCUCCACAAAGUCCUCCACCACAGAGUCCUACCCUCUCUCGAGUCUCGAGCAAUGACAGUCUACAAAACGAAAUCAUGCAGCAAGCUUUGCUCGAACAAAUGCUUCAGCAGUCACCAGAGCCUCCAGCAGAAAGAGUGGCAACCCCUGUCAGUGUCUCCGACGAUGACUCUGUCGACUAUUCCAGUGUGAAGAGUAUGUCACCACCGAAGAGAAAACCUGUGGAGAGAAGCCGGACGGGCCGUCUCAAGACGGUUGGCAAUCCUGAGUACGAGACACAGACACGAAGUCGGUUUGAUACGGAAUCCGGAGUGCCCAUCAAUUUCGGCCCUACACUGAUCUACAAACCAAACGCUCGGCCAUCUACAAGUGGUAGCUUGUCAGCCGAAGCACAAGAGGAUACAGAGAACGUGCAGCGCCCAUCCUCGCGUCUUGCAACACAAAUUGAUAGCAAGAGAAACUCGUUGCUUGACACACGCAAACCAAGCGGAGAUGCGAACCCAGAGAGGCGUCGAAGUGUCGCUUGGCAGCCAGCAGCUGUAGCUGGCGAGCCUGUAGAGCAGGGUCUCACCGCCGAGCAAUGGGUGCAAUAUCGAGCCUCUCUUGCUGCAGCUCCGUUGACCCAGUCACGAGCCACACCUGUGUUUGGACACAACAGAGAUCACUCGAAUGUAAACCGCACAUCUAAGACACCCCCACUCAGUCGUCCUGCAUCUCGCAUUAGCCGUACUUUGUCUGGAGAUUGGACGCAACAGCUGAAUCGCUUGUCUCUCAACCGGACACCCUCUGGUGAUUGGGGUCAGCAAGCAAAUCGCAUGUCAUUCAGCAAGACGCCUCCACCUCUUAGCAGGACUCCUUCUGGUGAUUGGAGCAAACAAGCCCCAUCUCGUCCACUUUCGAGAAAUGCGGGUACACUCCUGAACCCUCCUAGUCCGGGCAGAACACUGCAGAUUCAAGGCUCAGCUUUGUCGGCUCAUGAGCAGAUGCAAGUUGCUCGAAUGACUGGUGGUUCUAUGAUCAACCUCACUGAAAGAGACAAGCGUAGAGAUCUUAACGAUUUGGAUGCUCCAGGAUUGGUCGGUGCCAUGGCGGCUCGCGAACGCCAGCGAAACAUGAAAAGAGAAGGACUUCGAAAUAAUGCAGUGCAACAAGCGAUUGCGGCACGGCAACAACAACAGUUGCAGGAUGAGUUCGAUGCUCAAAUGAGAGCACAAAUUGAGGCGCAAGAGUAUGCUCAGCAACAGGCUGAACUUCAGGCUCAACACCUUGCCCACCAGCAGGCACAGUACUAUGCUCAGCAAUACGCUCAGCAACAAGCUCAACAGGCUCAGUUGCAGCAGCAAAUGGCUCUCCAGCAAGCACAGCAGUAUCAGUUGCAGUUCCAGUUGCAGCAGCAACAAGCGCAGGCCAACUACCCUUACGCUGGUGGGCCAGGCACAGCUCAACAACGAUCUUCGCAGUACCUGGGACAUAUGAGUCAAGCUGGAGGAUGGAGCAACGCAGGUUCGCCACAACCUCAGCAGGGGUAUGCCCAGUCAUAUUUUGGCCAGGGUGAUGGACAACACAGACAGCAGAGAAGACAUUAG